CUGUUUUCACUGUUUCCAACUGGGUGCCUCCCCACACCGCCGCCCGGUCUCAUCCUGUAUGGAGUGGCACCCACUGGUGUUUACAGCUUCAAACAGCCGCGGCUGAUAAUAAACCUGCUAUCUAUUUGUAUUCACACUAUCGUGCAGCCUUCUCCUGUACAGAGUUGAGUGCAACAAGUUAUGACUUUAAAGGGAAGAACCCAAGUUACUCUACUUUCCGUAUUCAUUGAAGAGUGACCGUUCUUUAUGUUGUAACGCAAGCCCUCGUUUCGUUUAAAAGGGUUCGGUGCUGCAUUAAAGAAGAGGAAACAUAGAUCUCAAGUUAACUGCACUAAAAAGACGUGAGGGGAAAAAAAAACACUGCUCUUAAAGCGAAUCAUUUUAAAGCGAUAUCCGGAUGUGGUCGUUAAGUGUAAAUAUCAACACUGUGACUGUAGGUUACAUUCAGAUUGAUACGAUUUUCUGAAUCUACACGCUACUAGAUCUAGGUCUCAGUCUAGUCUGUGCCAGCAACAAUGCCUGCACCCGCCAGGUUUAAGAGAACCCCCUCUCAAAUAAAAGUGACUCGGGGAGGAAGGGUUCUUCUGGAUUCCUCCAGCAGAUCUAACUUCAUUCAAUCAAGAAAACAAAACUGGACAACAACGAGCAGCUUUAUUCAAGACUUAAGCAAUGCACAAAGCUAAAGAUAACAUGCAUGCUCCGUUCUGUACAAACAGACUGUGGUCCCACAGAGGCAUUUGGAAAACAGCACCUGUUGACUACAGCAGCGGCAGUCUCGCGUCAAUGCAACCAUCUCUACCUAGAUCAUUCUCUCCGUGACAUUGAUAGGUCCCAUGAUGUUGACAAUGCUGAGAGUGAGUCUUUUGUGGAAGAUAUGGUGGUCAUUGAGAGGCCAAUCUAUACACAGAAUGAUUUUGAUCAGGGGUUCGAUGCUGGUCAGAGACCCAAACAUACUGCUCUCUCCUGGAUGAAGGGAAAAGUUAAAAAGUGUGAAUGCAGUGCAGCAUGUGUCCGCAAAACAGUCUCCCAUCAUCUCCCUUUCCUGUCCAUCAUGAAAGAAUACAAUAUCAAAAAAGAUUUCUUGCCAGACAUUAUAGCAGGCCUGACUGUGGGGAUCAUGCACAUUCCACAAGGAAUGGCAUAUGGUCUGCUGUCCACACUACAGCCAGUGUAUGGUCUCUAUGUGUCUUUCUUUCCUGUGAUUCUUUACUUCUUCUUGGGCACAUCAAAACAUAUUUCAUUGGGUACAUUUGCUGUCAUUUCGCUGAUGGUUGGUUCUGCUGUAGAUAAAGGAUUGAAAGACAACAACAUUGUUCUAAAGACUUGGAAUCAGACAGUGGAUAAUGGAGGUGGUAAUAUUACAUUUGAAAUAGUGGACAAUAGUGAUGAAGUGGAGACCGCCAAACUAAUGCUGGCCAUGUCAGUUACUUUUAUAGCUGGUGUCAUACAGAUACUGUUGGGAAUAUUUCGUCUUGGUUUUUUGACAGUCUACUUGUCUGACCCAUUGAUCAGUGGUUUCACAACAGGAGCUGCCUGUCAUGUCUUCACUAGUCAAAUCAAGCACAUUUUUGGUAUUCAUACUAAUAGACACAGUGGUGUUUUCAAACUUAUUUAUACCUAUAUAGAUAUAUUUACCAAUCUUCCUCACACCAAACCUGUAACUUUGAUAGCUUCCAUUGUGUGUAUGUUUAUACUUGUGAUUAUCAAGGAGUAUAUAAAUGCCAAUCCAAAAAUAAAGCCAAAACUAUUUAUGCCUAUACCAGUAGAGCUAAUUGUGGUUGUCCUAGGAACAAUCAUUUCUUACUUUGCUCAGCUCCAAGAAAAGUACAGUGUCCAGAAUGUAGGGGACAUUCCUAUUGGUCUUCCAGUCCCUAAUUUGAAUGCUUUUAAUUACAUUUCUGAUGUGAUUGCAGACUCCAUCGCUGUUGCCAUUGUUUCUUUUGCCAUUUCAGUUUCUAUGUCCAAAAUAUUUGCCAAAAAGCAUAAUUAUGCUAUUGAUUCAAAUCAGGAACUGCUGGCUUAUGGAUCUUGCAAUAUUGUUUCUUCCUUUUUCUCUGCUUUUGUAUCAGCCGCAUCUUUAUCUAGAAGUUUAAUUCAAGAAGAUGUUGGUGGUAGGACUCAGGUGACCGGUCUAGUAUCCAGUACUUUAUUGUUAAUUGUGCUACUGGUUGUUGGACCGUACUUCAAAACUCUGCCAAAUUGUGUUUUGGCAGCCAUUAUUUUGGUUGCACUCAAAGGAAUGUUCAAACAGUUUGCUGAUCUGAUAGCUCUUUGGAAAAUUUCUUUAUUUGAUUUUGCAACAUGGCUAGUGACAUUCUGUGCUACAGUGUUUCUGGAUGUUGACCUUGGCCUACUGGUUGGUGUUGUGUUUGCUUUAUUAACAGUCAUUAUGAAAUCUCAAAGGCCAUAUUCCUGUUUACUGGGUCAAGUACCUGGCACAGAUAUUUACAGAGAUAUCUCAGUUUAUAAAGUGGCAAAAGAAAUUCCAAACAUAAAAAUCUUCAGAUUUGACUCUGCCAUAUUUUUUGCCAACUCAGAGUUUUUUAAAAACUCUUUAUAUAAGUUGACAGUAGACCCAUAUCAAUUGAAGAAAAUGCAGAGAAAAUUAGACAAGAGAAAGAAGAAUGAAAAACAGUUACUCAAUCUGACAAUAGAUUCCAUAGGCAGCGCUGACAUUCCAAUUCCUGAUUCAGACAGGACUGACACUUUGACCUCACCACCUGUUAUACAAAACAGUGAGGCCAAGCCUCCACAGUUUGUGAGUCAGGUCCCUACCCUGACAGACAUUCAUUAUAUCAUCAUAGAUUGUUCCACCAUGAGCUAUGUCGACUCCAUGGGAGUGAAAGUUUUGCAACAGGUAAUCUCAGAGUUUAGAGCUUUCAAUAUUACAGUUUAUUUAGCACAGUGUAAAUCGAGUGUAAGAGAAAUGUUUGUAAAAACCAACUUCUACAAGACAGAAAGUAAAAACUACUUGUUUGUGACCAUCCAUGAUGCUGUAGUCAGUGCACAGUUACAUCAGUGGGCAGUAACUGGGGAGUCUCUAGCCAAUACUGGUAUCAGUAACACAGCUGGAUCAAGUCAUGAGAUAGAUCUUGAUAUCACCAUAGGGGAAGCAACAAGCAGGGCAGAAAAUGUAAAUGACUUCAACAAAUCAAAUGGAGUUAGAGGCAUUCCUCAACAAGAUAUUACAAGCAAUCCUGUGAUAGAAAAUACACAUAUUUGAAUGUUAUAAACAUUAGGUUGCAGACUUGUAGUUGUUUUGUUUUAUGUGUGCGAGGACUAAAGAGUUGUAUCUGUGUCAUUGAUAGGAUGUACAAGUAGUUAAAAUAUUAGAUGAAAGUAUACUUCCUAAGGGACUAGUAUAUGUCCCCUUAUAAAAGAGCUUUCAAACCUUUUUUUUUCUGCAUUAGCUUCAUGAAAUUCUAACUACAUGUCAUAUUGUCAAAGAUAGUGUUACAAAAAUAACUCAGAAGGGAAUUUGUUUCAAAUCUUCAUGAGUUUAAAUGGUCUUAUAAACAUCACCUGAAUGAAAAUAUGAGACAAACAAAUCUUUGCUGAUGCUACAACUGCUUGUUCAAGUCUGGGUUAGACAUUACUGCCUUGAAACUUAGUCAGGGUGGAAACAUUUGAACUGAUGUAUGUACUGCUUUCUUUCAAGCAACCCAGCCCACACUUACUUUUACAAACAUAUACCAUGAGUAUAAAUCAUCAUUUUUAAUCUUUUGAGUGAGAACUUGAGAGAUUGUAAUCCAUUGUGUCUAUUUUUGUACAACUUAAUUUAUCUUUAUAUAACGUGAAUUGUUAUUAUGAGCAUUUAAUCAAUAACCACAUUGUGUUUAUUAUAAUGAUAAAAGAUAUACAGUUGUUCUUUAAAGUGAUAAGUCAACAAAAACAAACUGGAUGAAUUGCUUAUCAGUGACUUUGAAAUGUUCCUACCACUUAGCUACCUCUAACAAUGUGUGAACGAAUCUUCUCUUUCACUCUUUAUGUUUAUUCUUCACAAUUACCUUGAUAACUUACAGAGAAAUGUUAGCAUCCUAUGUGAAGUUGUAGCUAUUUUUUUUUAAAUCUAAAAGAUGUUUUCUUGCCAAUCUUGGUUAAUCUAGUUUCUUUCUGUUAUUUAUUAGGAAAGACUUGACAACAUACUAGAACAACAUAAAUCUAAAAAAAGUAGUGUUUAAAUUACACAUACAAAAAAAUAAAAACAAGUUGCCACUUUGGGCUUUUUAGAUGUAAUUAAAACAAAUAACAAAGUUUGUUUUUCUGUUAGAGCUUGGGUCAUAUUUAAGUCAAAGUUUUCUAUACCAUAUGAACUAUUAAGGUGAAUAAGUUUAGUUAGAACUGUUAUUUAUCUACACCUUAUUAUUCUUGUUCAUAAUAUAUAUUAAACAUAAAUGAAUAACAGCACCAGGGACCAAGUUUUUAAGAGAGAAAGUAGUGAAUUAAAAUGCUACGAAAAUAAGGGACUGCGCCGACCGAGGCUCGAACCUGUGACACUGGAUUCGACACCACCGCCUAGCGAUAACGCACCAAGCGAAACUAGCCUCUAGACCAUCGGAAUGUCCAAAAAAAACAUUCUUCUGAUCCAGAGUCAUUUCGCCCGUAUGCAAAUUACCACCCCAGUGGUCAAAGGUCACAAGCUCCAGCUAGCCCCUCCCCUACCCUCGCAGCAUCCGUUCACUAACAACUUCGAUAGAGCCGACACAGACAGCCGUUAGGCAUGUAUUAGACAAACGAUGGCUCUAUCUAAUUGUUUAUCUCUCACAAAGACAAGUGGACAACAUAAACACAUUACAUAUAGAAGCUUCAGUGGGUACGAGCAAUAAUGCUGUAAUCGUAAAUGUAAACAUAGAGUUGAAGCUAGGUGCUGAAACAAAUGAUACAUACAUAUAUUAAACAUAAAUGAAUAACAGCACCAGGGACCAAGUUUUUAAGAGAGAAAGUAGUGAAUUAAAAUGCUACGAAAAUAAGGGACUGCGCCGACCGAGGCUCGAACCUGUGACACUGGAUUCGACACCACCGCCUAGCGAUAACGCACCAAGCGAAACUAGCCUCUAGACCAUCGGAAUGUCCAAAAAAACAUUCUUCUGAUCCAGAGUCAUUUCGCCCGUAUGCAAAUUACCACCCCUUACAUUUAUUCUUGUUCAUAAGUAGCAUUUAUGUAUCCUGUUAUAAUGCAUUAGGAUUAGUUUUCACACAGUGUAUCAUGUAUUAAUUCAUGGUGGCAAUACUUUGUAGAUCAGUAAUAUCAUUGUGAACAUAGCAAUGCAUACUUAUUACCUACAAAUAGCAAACAUUAUUUUCUAGUUUCAUAAAAAAAUGGUCUACAUUUUCAAAAUGUCUUUUCUAACUAUUUUUAUAUUUGUAAGUAAUUUUUAUUGUUAGUUCAUGUGUGUAUUUAUUUGUCUGGCCUUGAGAGUUAUAUUUUUAAAGUACAGAAAUAAUUCAAUGUCUUUCAGAUGUUGGUAUAUUCUAUCUAUCCUAAAAUUGUGUCAUUAAAUUAAUGUGCCUUUAUGAUUAUGUAAUGUGAAUUAUGUUGUUAUAAAAACUAAAAUAUUAUAUGAGUACAAAUGACAUCUUAAUAGAAAUAUGUAUGUUUUGUUAAAAAGUGGUGAAACAAAUGUGAUGUUUGAAAGUGUCUGUAUCCUAUUUUAUAUUCUGACCAUCUGAGAAUAUUUGUAUAGUUGUGAUCAUGAAAUGUAAGCUUGACUGAAUGAAUAUUUUUCAAUGAUUUUUGGGUUUGGUGGCCUGUGUGUCUGGUCACAAAACAUUUAAAUUUUUUUUUAUAGACAAGCUUUUAACUAUGUGUGUUGAAUGAAAGAACAUUCAGUUUGUACUAAACUAUGUUUAGUUUUCAGAUCUAAUAACGCCCAUUUCUUGAAUGUUUUGUCUCUUUGAGCUGUGCUCUUACGUUGCAGCUAAUAACAGGGCCAGAAAAAAGAGUUGGAGAUAAAUGCACAUUUGCUUUAGUUACUUGACUUUAAAAUGAAGAAAUAGUCUCUGUUUUGGCUUGCCUCUUUAUAUGCCAUUGUCAGGGGUCUUUUAAAUCCAGCUAGGUUUCUAUAAGUAUUAAUGAAUCUCAACAUUAGUUUUAAAAAUCAUUUUUUUUUAAUUUUUUUUUAUUUGUUAAUUUCACUUGUCAUUGGAUAAGGUUUAGUUUUUAUUUAACCUAUUGAUGACAUCAAAACUCUCCUAUUAGUUUAUGGGAUAGUGGAGACUUUCUCAAUUCAUGCUUAAACAAGACUAAUUAUUGUAUAUAAAUUAUGUAUUAAGUUUCAAAAUUCCUACAUUAUGCCAUUUCAUGCAUUCAAUUAGAACACACAUAGAUCUAUAUUUAUUAAGGUAAAAUGUAUGAAAAAAAAAGUUUCUUGCUUGUUGAAUAUGAAAAUUGUAAAGCAGCUCUACAGGACAUCUACCAAAUCUAGUCAUCAUUGUUCUUUAUGAAAGCAAAAUGUGAUAUGUUGUAGGUUGAGACAUAGGCCUCUGAGCUUUUGGUCUGUGACAUUGAAGUUUUUGCUUCACUUGAUUGAUGGUUAUAGUCUUCCUUUAUUUUCUAUUGAACAACACUUGAUUGACAGUCCUUAAUAAAUUCUCAAACUUGGAAAUCUUUUUUGUUUUGAAGAGCUUGGAAUUUUUUGAAAUCGGAAAGGACAAUGACACUAACUCUGUAAAGCAGAAUUUUAAAGCAUUUUAAUUACUUCUAUUCUACUCAACUACUUAUUUGUUCUCUUGGGUGUGAAAAUAUUGGACCUUGUUGAAAUGUAAUUACUUGUGGCUUAUCUGUGCUAAUAAUUUUAUUGUUUCUGUAGAUAAUUUUAUUUUGAAAAAAAAAAUUAUUUAUAUCAAAUGAAAGUAUUUAUUUCUGCAGUACCCAAGUUGCUUGUAUGUCUAGUCACUAGUCAUGGUUUGUAGUUUUUCUUGUAAUCUGUAUCAUUCAAGAUUUUAUCUAUCAUUGUGCAGAAAUUGUCAACUUCAUUUUUUUUUUUUGUAAAUAAUAUAAAUGUCAUUCAUUUAGCCAAAACAAUUAUAUGAAAGUGUCAAAGUUAGAAAAAAAAAUUUACUUUCAAAUGUCUGUGAAAUAAAUUAUUUGAAAUGUUUAGAGUUUGAAGACAAUACAUUGAUAUGAACAUA